AUGUCACCAAUUUCUGAACCUCGACCAGCCGCCCAGCCUGCUGGUGCGAAGGCUUCUCAGCCUGUGCAAAUGUCUCAGCCGAGAACGCAACAGCCUAUGAGCCACAAGGGCGCGCAGAUCUUAGAGGCAAUCGCAGACGUCCUCGUGAUGAUCCAGAGCGCGAUGGGUGCUGUCGCGGCCUAA